AUGGGUUUCAAUCAACGCAUACUACAGAUGUUUAAGUACAAUAAGCCAUUCACAUAUGCAGAAUUGGAUACCUCACGUGUAAACUCGGAUACUGAAUAUCAAGAUGAAGAUGGGCUUCUCAACCGCUUUUCUGUCGGCGAUGAAUCAUUAGAAAAUGCUGAAAAGGGAGACACAGAUACUUGCUAUAAGCAUCACUCAUUUGUGAGAUGUCUGGGCUGGCUGAAUGGUCUUUUCUUUUGUUUGUCUUUGUACUUGUUUACAGCAGCUAUGCUUAAUUGGAAGCAAGUUCCAGGCGGAAAAGAGCGAAAUUGGGCGUUGAAGCAAGUCUCCGAAAAGUCUCCAAUUCUAGACGCGAUCGACAUUCCGCUUUCAACCUGGCGACUCAACGGCACUUUUCUCGAACGUGAAAACGAAUCCAUCUACCGGCAACCUCCAUCCCCCGAAGUCGACGCAGCAUGGGCCCGCAUCGAGACUCAAAUCCUAUUCCCCUCUCCCGACAAGAUCUUCUCAACCAGGGUAAAAACCCCGAUCUCUAUGCCAAAUUUCCCGAAUCCUUUGGAUUCGGCCCCGACGCCUUCAUCGGCCGCAUCGACGUCUUCCAUCAAAUCCACUGUCUCAACCGGCUACGCAUGCAUCUCUACUGGAACGUAG